AUGUCACCUCCUCUGGGAAGCCCCCCUAGAUUCCCACAGCCACGCCCUCCCCCAUCCUCCAGCAAGCUUCGGGCCUCGCUAGCAGACCCUGGGCAGCUGAAGAUCCUCACAGGAGACUGGUUCCAGGAAGCACGCUCACAACGGCACCACCAUGCCCACCUUGGCUCUGAUCUUGUCCGAGCCUCUAUCCGCAGAAAGAAGAGCUCCAUGGGAGACCAGGCUCCAGGCAGCGAUGGGGAGGCUGAAGCUGCCGAGAAAGAAGCUGAAGAGGAGCUGGAGCCCAGGCUCCCCAUGGACAAGGCACCCCAAGAGAUGCUCAGCAAGGCUGAGAAACCUGAUUUCCCCUCACCAUAUGUCCCCCUAAAGGCUUCAGAUCAUGAGGAAGAGCCCCAGGCCCAGGAAGCCCCGGGAUCCGGGGACUCGCAGGUCUUUGCAGAGGAGGCGGACCCGGAGCCGGAGCCGCGGUCGCGGGGAGCGGUGUCGCCGCCACCCCCAGCCCAGACCCAGACGGCGCCCGAGAUCCUGGAGAACGGGGAGGAGGCUCCGGGGCCCGGCCCCUCACUCGACCGCAUGCUCAGCAGCAGCUCCUCGGUGUCCAGCCUCAACUCCUCCACGCUGAGCGGCAGCCAGCUGAGCCUGUCUGGGGAGGCCGAGGCGGGCGCGGUGCAGGUGCGCGGUUCGGUGCACUUCGCGCUGCGCUACGAGCCGGGCACCGCCGACCUGCGCGUGCACGUGAUCCAGUGCCAGGGCCUGGCGGCCGCGCGACGCCACCGCUCCGACCCCUACGUCAAAAGCUACCUCCUCCCGGAUAAGCAGAGCAAGCGCAAGACGGCGGUGAGGAAACGGAAUCUGAACCCGGUCUUCAACGAGACUCUGAGGUACUCCGUCCCGCAGGCCGAGCUCCGGGGCCGCGUGCUGAGCCUGUCCGUGUGGCACCACGAAAGCCUGGGUCGCAACAUCUUUCUGGGCGAAGUCGAAGUGCCUCUCGCCACGUGGGACUGGGACUCUGAGCCCACGUGGCUCCCCCUGCAGCCCCGGGUCCCGCUCUCUCCCGACCACCUCCCCAGCCGCGGGCUGCUCUCCCUGUCCCUCAAGUACGUCCCCGCCGGCUCCGAGGGCGCGGGACUGCCCCCCAGCGGGGAGCUGCACUUCUGGGUGAAGGAGGCUCAGGACAUCGUGCCGCUGCGCUCAGGAACCCUGGAUACCUACGUACAGUGUUCAGUGCUGCCUGAUGACAGCCGGGCCAGCCGCCAGCGGACAAGGGUGGUACGACGCAGCCUCAGCCCUGUGUUCAACCACACCAUGGUUUAUGAUGGCUUCGGGCCUGCUGACCUGCGCCAGGCCUGUGCUGAGCUCUCCCUCUGGGACCAUGGGGCCCUGGCCAGCCGCCAGCUGGGGGGCACACGCCUCAGCCUGGGCACCGGCAGCAGCUAUGGGCUCCAGGUGCCCUGGAUGGACUCCACACAGGAGGAAAAGCAGCUGUGGCAGACACUCCUGGAGCGACCGUGUGAGUGGGUGGAUGGCCUUCUGCCCCUCAGAACCAACCUGGUCCCCAGGACAUAGCUGCCCUACAAGCCCCACCAAACUCCUCUCUGAACCCCCAUCUCUGGGCCUGCCCUUGGCUAAAACCAAUAAAGUCUAUUCUAAGGGCA